AUGGAGUGCUCAGCAGCCUGGAUCAACUCAACAACCGUCGACGAAAUCUCUGUCCGCAAGUCCGGCGCGUUCACAACCUUGCCAGUGCGGAUCAGCAAGUACAAUGAAAUUGCCAUCACUACCGCGCAAAAGCUUGCUUGUAUCUGGGAUACCAUGCGCUGUGGCAGUGUAUCUUCUCGCCCCAUCAAUGUUGGAAGGAAUCUGCUUCCCUUGGUUGUCCCUGAGGCCUUGCCGGAGAGAACGGCAACGGCCGUGAAACUGAUCGAAUUGGGCCAUUUGUGUGAUGCUAAUAGUGUAGUCUUUUCCGAUCAGCUAGACUCACAGAGCAGAGCGGAAGUCUACAGUAUGCUGACCCGAUGUCUGGAUCGGUGCUCUGUAGCUUCGUCUUGCUCUUGUCCUAGUACAUGCAACAAAGAGUUUGGCGACAGACAGGCUCAGCUGCGGACACUGAUUUAUGAAGUGGCCACUGAAGCUAUUCAGUUCGAUCGUGAACAGGGUAUGCUCAUCCUUGAGCUCCUUGGGAAAGCUGUCGCACCGGAGCCAAUGUCCUUUGGAUGCAGGAAGAGCUCUGCGUUUAGGUACGUCGUCAACAUGCAUCUCUCAGUUGUUGAUUUCUAA